UUCGUUAUGGCUAUUUGAGGAUCACUUCCGGUCAAAAGUAUUAUUAUAGUGAUUUUUUCAUCAGACUUCGUUAAUUAUCUAAUUAUUUUUGCUGGAUUCCACUUCCUCCAUUACUUCAUAGUUUAUACAAAUGGAAAUUUUCUUUAGUAUAAUAGACCAGGUGCCAUCAUCGGUAAAAUAACACUUAGCACGAUACGCUAGCUACCACAUAUGGUAUCUGACUAGUGCGUCACUUUUAUAAUAUUACGUAAUUAAUACUAAAACAGCCAUUUAUUAUAUACUUGCAUUUAUGAUCACUAUUUGUACACAAUAUGCUGCUGUCAAAGUGGAAUUAUAUGGUCUCUGUAGAACAUAUUAAUUAACUGCAUACGUAUACCUAAACUUAACUACUAUACAUUCAUAUUUAUACCUAAAGGUUGAGUGAUAUUGAACAGACGUAGUCCCAUGACAACUCACACAGGUAAAGACUGAAGCUGCAAAUCUUCAGAGUAAUAAUUCAGGUCAAGAUGUCGUCGAAGCUGCCGUUCGUCAGGAUGUCUGUCUACGUGUUCACUAUAACGAUGCACCUCUCGAACAUAUGGUACAUGGCCGUAUCGUUGGAGAAGGACUUUAAAAUGGUCCCUGAACUGAAGGCUUUCAGUAAGCUGCAGCCGCGGUACUUCACAUGCUGGACCUUUUUUCUUCAAAUAGUCCACGCAUUUGCCGGUAUCCUGUGUGAUGUCCUGGUCGUUGUGAAUUCUAAAAACAAGACCUACAGACUUCCUAGACUUCUAAAAGGGUUCAAGAAUACUUUAUUCUCCGCUGUACUAUGGCCUUCUACACUUGUGGUGGUGACGUUUUUCUGGAGCCUAUACUUCUACGACAGGAGUCUGAUCUAUCCAAGCUUCGUGGACCAGGUCCUCACUAGCCUCUCCAACCACGUGAUGCACACCGCCAUCUUGCCUAUCGUUAUCCUGGAAGUCGCCUGCCGACCAAGAGCUGUGCCGAGAUCUCAUAGAAAGAAUAUCAUACACUUGGCCUUCCACUUCAUACUCUACCUUCUCGUGUUAGCGUACACUUACGUCGAGAAGGGUAUUUGGAUCUACCCUAUUUUCUCCUUGUUCUAUGGGACUGUAUACUUUCCCUUAAUACUUGUGUCGAUAGCUCUCCUGGCGUUGACCUCCUACCACAUACAAUGGCCGCUGACGAGAUACUUCCACGGAGAGAUAGGGAAAGUUAAAAACACAUGAUCCAUACUAAUACUCUGAUUGAACUUGCUGUUGACAAGAUUUAGAGUAAUAGAUUAACAUCUGGCAGUACUUAACGUUACUCACAGGAUGAGUAACUUACAUCAGGUCCUACUACAAGAUUUAUUUGUCAAAUUAAAUGAACAGGGAGAAGUGAUAGAUUUAAUUCAUGUGGGAAUAUUUAUAAGUGAAAAACUGCUAACUGUCCGUAUGUAGUGUUCGUAGGAACUCGCACCUUCACAUGGAUAAUUUGUGAUUUUUUAUUAUUCUAAUUGCACAACUUUUCUUGUGCUCUCGUUGUGGUACUCAGCACUGACCGUCGUCUUCAUAGUUAAGGCCAUGGCAUUUCUGUUUUAAAUAUGAGUACUUCUACUUACUCUGUAUACUUACCACAAAUUUGCUUCAUGAAAACAUACAAAGCGUUUAUUUCACAUUGAAUAACCUAUGCAAUAUACGUGCGAUUUAUAAAACUACAAACGCUCCGUAUGUAGUGUGUACUACAAACGCGUAGUUAGCAUACAGAUUUAUUUCUAUGUACAUCCUAAAGUGUUUUGUUUGUCUGGUGAGAUAUUAAAUAUGUUAAUGUAAUUGUUUAUAAUGUGCAAUAUAUGAAUUGUUUUUUACUAUUGGGAAAUAAAUUUUACAAUUGUUAAA